AAAACAACGAAAGGAAACAUAUUACUUUGUAUAUGCACGGCCAAAUAAAACCCUAUUUUUUCGAGGAGCACGUGUUUCAUGACCCCGGCUCUCUCGAGAUAAAGCAUAGCCUCAUCGCGCGACUGAGCGAGCGCAACCCCAUUCAACUUCACCGCCAGGUCUACAAUUUGCAAUGGCACGUUUGGCGCGCGUGAGCUCAUCGCCUGAACCAAAUUCAAACAACACAUUGUCACAGACUGGUCGCGAAUACUCUGCCGCGGAUUCGCCCACCCCAACAGCGUCAUUUUCGUCGGACAAGGAAAAUCAAACCAGCAUCGCGAGGGGCCGACAACACAAAGGCAAAGCCAUCGCAAGGCCCGAUAUGGAAUCGUCAUUGCCGACCCCGGACUCGAAUGCGGAAAAUAGUGAGCGUGGAGCUAAACGACGAAAGGUGGAAGCCUUGCGGCAACGAGAAAACGCGACGCAACGUGCCAUUUCCGACUUGGAAGAUAUUAUCGACACCAAGUAUUAUGAUCCGGAUCAAGACCCCGAGGAACGCCGAAGGGUGCGCAAGCAACUACGCGAUUUGUCGCGAACACUUAAUGAAUCGCGACAAGAAUUCCUCAACCCGGAUUCAAAGGGCCUCCAGGAAACUGUUAAGAAGGCCAAUGACUUAAUGCUUAAUGUCCGCAACACGUCGGACGCAACGAUUGAUUCGCGACUACUUGUCACAGCCGCGGAUCUCGGGCGCAAGAAGAUUUCGCAUCUUGCACUAGGUAGUGGUGGACAAGGCAUUGAAAUUGACGAAUUUGUAUCAAAAUGCAUAAAUUUCAUGCGGCAUGGGACACAAGAAGAAGAAGAAGGCCAAGCUAGCACGCAAAACCAUCGACACGCCCGACAACGCGAUGCCCGUGUUGAAGACGAUCAGGGCGAGAGUGACGAAGAAGACGAGAACGAUGGCGAUGCCCUCAACUGGGCCUGGCUUGGGCGGCGCGCAUGCUUUCCACAUAAUGCCCGCCCCGCCGUCUCGGGGUUUCUUCUGGGACCUUUAUCUGUACAAAAGCGUAGCAGAGUUCAACGGAGACAAGUGCGACUCCAACGACGCAAUCCCUUAGACGUAGUACGCCCACAGGAGCUUGAGGCCACGGACUUGCAGAAGACGGAAAAUUCGAAUCUCACCACACUGUGCAAGAAUAUCCGUGAGCAACUCCAGCGGACGCAGAACGAAGGCGAGGCGAGAGUGAACGACGAGGCAACAGAGGACAUGUCGCAGGAAGAAGUCGAUGCGCUAAUGGCCAAAUACGCGAUUUGCGAUGACGGCGGCGUGUCCUUUUUCAAGUUUGUCAUAAAUCCGCUCUCAUUCGGCCAGACCGUGGAGAAUAUGUUCUAUGUGAGCUUUUUGAUUCGCGAUGGAAGCGCGGGGAUUGGGCGUGAUAAACACGGGAUGCCAACUCUGCAUGCAAGUAUUCCUAUGAACAAGCAAACCAUCCGAGAACAAAAUGUGCACAAACAUCAAGCUGUCUUCAGUCUCGAUUGGGAAACUUGGCAGGGCCUCAUUGAAGCGUUCGAUAUCACUGACUGCUGUAUACCAAAUCGCGCCGCCGAUGCAGGUGCUCUGAAACAAGGUGCCGGUGGGUGGUAUGGAUAAAGCAGUCACUAUAAUCACUGGUACACUAUACUUAUUCACCUUUUGUGAGGGAACAUUUAUUGUCAUGUGAGGAGCUUUGGUGAUAACUAGCGAUGGCUUUUAUUUGGCGCUCUAGUCCGAUGCUUUUUUUUUUUCCCCUUUUCCCAGAUACCUUAAGAAGCUAUUCGGUUGUUUCUCCUUCGAUUUUAGAGCAAGUUGCACCGUUUCUCUCUACUUUUAAUGCAAGCUUAUGCCGCUGUCUGUUCAAUCAUUUUCAUUGAAUGCCGCCAUUCGCUUGUUUGAAUAGUAAUAAGCGCUUUUCAAGCCCUCCGUAGCCUCGAAAAUUGAUUCUGACGUCAAAGACCAUG